AUGUAUGCCGAGAGAGCGAGAAGGAGAAAAGAGAAGGAGAAGGAGCGUCACAGUGGCGAUCCGCCCAAGUAUUUGAACGAGGAAUUCUUCAAGGCCGCCUUGGAGGAUGGCCUGCGGGACAUGCGUGUGGAUAUCAAGAAGAUCAUAUUCGCGGAAUCGAGUGGCGGCGGUGGUGAGAACUACUGCAGCAAGAUCUAUCGGGCCAGGGCCCUAUAUCGCAGCAGCAAGCGGCAGCUGGACGAGGAGCUGGCAAUGAUUGUCAAGAGCAUUGCCAUCACGCCGGCCACCCAGUUUCUCGAGGAGCUGGCCGUCUAUCUGCGCGAGAAGAUCUUCUAUUUCGAUGUGCUGGGCAAGCUGGAGGUGCUCAUCGGCGACGGCUCCAAGUUUGGGGCCAAGUGCCUGUACACAACCCGCGAGCCCAUUCAGACGAUCGUCUUCGAUGACCUCACCCAGUACGGCUACAAGUUGGCCAGCCGCCAGAGCGGCCUCAACGAGGAACACUGCGUGGUGAUACUGAAGAAGCUGGGCAAAUUCCAUGCCAGCUCCAUGAUCCUCGCCCAAAAGGAGCCCAGCGUGGGGGAGCACUUCACCAGCGGCAUGCUGGACGAGAACUACAUAAGGACAAAUGAGCGUUUCAUCAAUUUCAUGGCCCUGCAGCUGCGCACGCUGGCCAAUCUGGUGGCCGAGUGGCCCGGCUAUGAGCAGCUUGCGGACAAGCUGCAGCGCCACUGCGACAACAUUAAGGAGAAUCUGGUGACCACCGGCCGCUCCCUGCCCGGUGAGAUAACCGUCCUCAAUCACGGCGACCUUUGGGUGAACAAUUUCAUGUACAAAUACGACGACGAGCAGCCCACAAAGCCCAUCGAUGCCAUCUUUGUGGACUUUCAGAACAGUUUCUUUGGCAGUCCGGGAUGUGACAUCAACUUCUUUCUGAACAGCAGCGUCCAGCUGGAUGUGCUCAUCCAUCGGCGAGAGUUCCUCAUCCAAACGUACUACGGCGCGUUGCGCGAGAGCCUCGAGCGGAUGCACUAUGAGUUUGUGCCCAGCUAUGCGGACAUCCAGCAGGAGAUCAGGGCCCGUGAGCUGUACGGCUUCUUCUCGUCGUAUGCCUUCCUGCCGAUGGUCACCAUGAAGAAGGAGGACUCGUACGACAUCAGCAUGGAGGCGUUGAGUGAUCCCGAUUUUGCCAAGACAAAGGUCCAGCUGAUGUUCUCCUCAAAUCCCCGCACCACGGACACCCUGCGCUAUGCCCUACGUCGCUUCGAUGAGCUUGGUAUAUUCGAUUGAUCAGCCCCACCCCCGCCCAGAUGCUUGAUCGAUCUAUUUAUAUUCAAUCUGGAUGGAUGGUUUAUCCAUCGGCUUAAUGUUUUUUUUUUUGGCACUAAUUUCGUACUAAUGUGAUUGUGUUUUUUUUUUUUUUUUUUUUUGUUGUUGUUGUUCCUCGUUGAUACUUUUAUUCGGUACGUAGUCCUAAGCGCAAAAAACUAAACAUUAAAUACAUUAUACC